UAUUCGAACAAAAAAGAAGGUUAGUGUUGGGGUAAUAUCACCUUACUUAGCUCAAGUUAAUGCAAUUCAAGAGAGAGUCAGGGAAUACAGUGAAGUUUCUGACACUGAUGGAUUCUCUGUAAGUGUGCAAUCUGUUGAUGGAUUCCAAGGUGGUGAAGAUGAUGUGAUAAUUAUCUCCACAGUCAGAUGUAACGAGAAAGGAUAUGUCGGAUUCAUUUCCAAUCUUCAAAGAGCAAACGUGAUGCUAACACGUGCAAGGCACUGUCUUUGGAUUUUGGGGAAUGAAGCAACUUUGAUUAGAAGUAACUCUAUUUGGAAGAAGCUAAUUCUUGACGCAAAGAAACGCAAAUGCUUUUAUAAUGCUGCUGAGGAAAAGAACUUGGCUCAGGCCAUUGCAGUUGCCCUCAUGGAGCUUGGCCAACUUCAUAUUCCACUUAAUUCUGAUUCUUUGCUGUUCAAAAAUGCCAAAUGGAAGGUUUGCUUCACCAAUGAAUUUCAGAAUUCCAUACAAAAGAUUAAAGACACUGAGAUCCGUCGGGAAGUGGUUUCCUUAUUAACAAAGCUCUCCAAUGGUUGGCGCCAAUCUCGCAAGAAUAAAAGAACUACAGCCCAUGGGACUUGUGCUCAAGUUUUAGAGAAGUACAAAGUUAAAGGGCUGCUGAAUCUCAUUUGGUCUGUAGAUGUUCUCCAGGAGAAUUCAGAUUAUGUCCAGGUUUUGAAGAUUUGGGAUGUUCUUCCGGUUUCUGAUACUCCCGAACUUGAUAAGCGGCUUGAGAUCAUGUUUCAUAGCUAUACAACCGCUGAGAUGAACCUUUGCCUGCUCAGAUGUGUUGAUGGAGACGCAGUUGUCCCGGUUAGAAUGCCGGUGGAUUCGAGCAGCUCCCAUGAGGCUGAGGCUGAUCCUGUGGAGGUUCUUUCAAAACCAUUAUCUUCACUCAGUCUAAAAGAUGAGCCCCAAACAUCAAGCAGUGAGCCACAAAGUCAUAGAAAGACUAAAAAUAAUAUGCCCAGAAGGCAGAGAAAGAAGGCCACCAAGUUCUAGAGGAGAGCACCAUCAAUAAUAUACGUCGAUCUUGAAGGUUGCAGCCAUUAUUACAUUAUACGUCCUGAAGGUGGAGGCCAAUACCAGAUGAUGUAGGGGAAAAAAGGAGAAAUAUAUGUUGAUCUUUGAUUACUUGGUUUAGGGGAGGUCCUAGGCACAAACAGG